AUGUGGUGCUCCAUUUCCAUCCAUACCCUGAUGGGCUCCGUCUCGAGUUACUUAGUAUGGCUCUGUGAUAGGAAGAGAGAGCAACCGGAGAAGACACCGAAAUGCUGGAUUCUGGAUUGGAGUACCCAUACAGUAUCGCUCGGUAGUGCAAAUACCGAAACUAGAAGGGAAGGUAGUGUACUACCGCUAAUUGACCUCCCUCUGCGCUCUUCGGCGAAGCCCAACGUCUCUGUCCCAUUUAGUGUACAUAAACCAUAUCUUUUUCUUUCCAUCUUCGUGAACCGUUACGGAAAGCUGGUCGGUGGUGGCAGGUGGAAUUCGGUAUGUAACUGUUGA